UAUACGGAGAGAACCACGUCGAUCAUUUUUGCUUUCUUCUCCCCUUCUCUCAUUUUUUUUGUGUGAGAGUUGGUGAUAUGGCGGCGCAGGUCGAGAUUGAGGACCAAGCUUCCCUCACCAACCUUGAUAAUGGCGAAAUCUUCGAUCCACUCUGUGACGGUGAAGAUUCAUCAUCCUCGCUGAUUCUUCUCAGCGAAGGAAACGAGGAUUACGAUGUAAUCAAGAGGUGUUUGAUCUCUGGGAUGGGUAGUUUCUCUAGGGACACGAAGAUCGCGAAGAUUCGUAAGAACUCUUCGGAAGGGAUCUCGCUCACGACGCAAGCCAAGUUUUUUUCCUUCAAGGUUUUCACUGACGCUGUGGCGAGUAAAAACGGCGGUGAUGCGAAUGUGCAUUACGGUUGGUACGCUGCUUCUAAAGAGGAGAUUGAGAGGAUCGUCUCUUAUGGGUUUACCAAUCGCGAGGUUGGGAAUGGUGCUGCUCCUGCUGCUGGUGAUUCUCAUGGGAUUGGAAUCCAUUUGGUUCCUUCUAGGUUCUCUCUUCUUGCGGCUUCAGCUACGGAGCCAGAUGAAGAGGGUUUAAGGCAUCUUCUCUUAUGCCGUUUGAUCUUGGGGAGGCCUGAGCUAAUCAACUCCGGCUCUAAACAGUCGUAUCCUAGCUCUGCUGAGUUUGAUUCUGGUGUUGAUGAUCUCCAGAACCCUAGGAAGUAUGUGAUAUGGAGCUGUAACAUGAACUCGUACAUCCUACCGAGUUACGUCGUUAGCUUUAAGUCUCCUCGUCUCCCAGGUAGAGAUGGUUUGGCUGCAAAACCAAGCUCACCGUGGGUUAGUUUUGCCGCCCUGAUGUCAUUGCUGUCCAAAUCAAUGGAACCUUCAAGAAUGAACUUGAUCAUCCAAACUUACGAUGCUUUUCGGACACGGAGGAUCAGGAGACACCAAUUGGUCAGGAAGAUGAGAGAAGUGGCUGGAGACAAUCUCUUGGCUGAGAUCAUUAAGAAUGAGAGAGACAGAAACAAGGUCAAGAAUUGAGAAAAAAAGAUCAUCACACAUGAGAGAAGUUUCUCUCGUGUGGAAGAUGACAAGAAGAAAAAUCAGUAGAAGAUGCAUAUAUGAGAGCUUCAAUCAAAAUGUAUAAGGAAGUAUAUGAGAGUUUUUUAUUUUUUAAGGAUUUUUUUUCCCUAUUGGAAAGUACAGUUUCUGUUAGUGGUAUAAACAGAGGAUUCCUUUUGAUUUGCACUUAAUUGGGAAACUUGUAAAGACCUUGUUUCGAUGUGAAUCAUUCCAUA